AUGGCCAGAUACGGCGCACUAGGUGCAACCUUCCAAAUCGCCCGGAUCGUCCAAGCUUGCUCUCUCAUCGCCAUCAUAGGCCUAACAGCCAACUUCAUCGCCGAGAUCGUCUCGAAGAACGCAACGCCGCCGAGCGUCUUCAUCGGCACAAUUACCGUGGUAAGUAGUCGCUCAUUCCCACAUCCCUCAUUCACAGAGCUAACGGAGCCUCGCCAGACGUGCAUAGCAGUAAUCUACUGCGUCAUCUCCUUCAUCCUCUUCCUGGAUAACAUCCUGCCCUUCCUCGCGAGCGCCAUAAUGGACGCACUGGUGCUUAUCGCCGUUAUCGUCGUGGCGGUCAUCAUCGGGAAACCACUCUCAUACCUCGAGUGCGACGUGAUCGGAGAUCUGAUGGGUGAUGGAUCGUCUGCGUAUGCCUUCGCCACGAGCCUGGAUAACUAUCUGGACCACCUGGGCGGGAAAGUCGAUUACAAGAACUGGAUUGCGGCAUCUAGAGGUGUGUGUCUGGAGGCAAAGUCAAUCUGGGGGUUGAGUAUUGCUUUGUGUAUUUUGUUCUUCUUUUCGGCGGUCUGCUGCGUCUGUCUCUGGCGGCAGAAGAAGGCGACCGGUGGUGAGAAGCUGGAUGGAUAA